AUGGCGCUCGCCAUGGGCGGCCUGCUGCGUGCAGUGCUGCUGGGCCAGGUGCUCGCGCUUCUCAUUGCAUGCACCGCCCUCUGCUCCGUCCUGCUCGUGCGACAGGGCGUCUCGGCGCCAACCCUGCAGUCCUGCGCCACCUACGUGGCGCUGGCCUGCGUCUGGGGCACCGUGCGCGCCCGGCGACGGGGCGUGCGGGCGCCCUGGCGGUCCCCUCCCUGGGUCUACGCGGUGCUGGCCCUGCUGGACGUGGAGGCCAACGCCUGCCUCGUGGCCGCCUACCGCUGGACCAGCCUGACCAGCGUGCAGCUGCUGGACGCCUGGACCAUCCCCGCCGUGCUCCUGCUUUCCACCGCCUGCCUGGGCGCGCGGUACGGCCGGGGCCAUGUGGCGGGGGCCGCGCUGUGCGUGCUGGGCUUCUUCGCCCUGGCCGCCAGCGACGGCUGGAGGGGCGGCCUGGGGCUGGGUGCGGUGCCAGAUGAGAGCGCCGGCCGGCCCGCGGCCUCCAGCCUCCAGCCCUCUCCCUCGCGGCCGCUGCUGGGCGACGGCGUGGCGGUGCUGGGCGCCACGCUGUACGCCGCCAGCAACGUGGUGCAGGAGGCGCUGCUGGGCGCGAGCGUGGACGCGGAGGAGCUGCUGGCCGGGCUGGGCGCGGCCGGGGCGCUGUGGUCCCUGGCCCAGGGUCUGGCGCUCGAGGGGCCCCUGCUCCUGCGCACGACGUGGACGCUGGGCGUGGUGGCGCCCUUUGCCGGGUUUGGGGCAGCCAUGUUCGCCUUCUACUCCCUCGUGCCCCUGGCGCUCAAGGCGCGGGGCGCUGCCCUGCUCAACCUCUCACUCCUGGCCGCCGACGUCUGGACUGGCCUGGCCAGGGGAUUCUUGUUGGACGGCUUCACGGGCACCUCCCUGGCUCAGUUCCUGACAUGCUUUGGCCUCAUCGCGGCAGGCAUCGUGCUGUUUGUCACCUGCGGGGAGGUGGAGAGCUUUGCUGUGCCCAAGGAGGCACGGGUGGCGGGGAAUGGCAUCUCGCUGGGGUCGCCCACCGCCCACACCGGGGGAGCAGCAGAGUUCCAGAGGUUGCCCAUGGGAGCGGGAAUUGGAUUGCCGGACGACGAGAUUCAAAUUUCAGGCAGUGAGGGCGACCGCCUUUUACCCUCAAACCCUCUGGAGGUUUGA